AUGCUGACAGCGUCUGCAUCAGGCGGUUGGGACCCGAAGACCUUCGAGUUCCACCGAGAAAUCAACGCCCAGAUUGAUCAGGCUUUCGCCAAUGUCGAUCUGAACCUGAGGGAUGCAGGAGGAAAGGGAUGGGAGCAAGUUUUCCGGGUAAACUCGUAUCAUGUCCCAAUCAAAAACGAGGCCCUGGACGCGAUGGUGCGAAACUUCAAGAAGUGGAUGCCUAAUCACCAGCCGAUUUGGACGUGUGUUGGCGUGACAAGACUUGGCGAGGACGAUAUGCGUGUUGAGAUUGAGGUAGUUGCUCAUGACCCUUAG